AUGUCCAAUAAAACAUUUCAAAGUCAUUUCCGAAUGUCACGGAAAACGUGCUACAAAAUAACUGAAAAAUUCGAAAGAUCAACAUUUUAUCCAAGUGACAGGUCUCAUGGUAGAACACCAAUUUCAUCAGCAGAAAAACAUGUGUUAUUGUUUUUAUGGUUCGCAGGAAACAAAUGCUCACUUCGAGAACUAGGAGAUCGGCUUGAUGUAAGCAUCUCAACUUGCGAAUGUGUGCUGCAAAAAGUGAUGGAUUUUCUGUACAAUAUAUCUAAGGAAAUAAUUACAUUCCCACUUACUUUAGAAGAGAAAUGUGCUGUUGCCGAAAAUUUUAAAAAUAUUUUUGGUUUUGAUGGAGUAAUUGGAUGUAUUGAUGGUUCCGUCACCCGUCGGUCCACCGCGUCUAUUUGCGAACUUAUUGCUUCCAAUGACCGCACUACCUGUUGUAGCAUUGCGUCAGCGGGGUUGUAA